AUGACUGGAACCACGAGCACUCCCAAGAGGAGCGAAAAUAGCAGCAAUAGCUCAGCCCUUCGCAAACCAUUAUUUAUUGCUGAGCCGCUAUCUGGAGACGAUGGCCGACCGAUCAUUCAGAAAGUCCUGAUCGCCAACCGUGGCGAAAUCGCUUGCCGCAUUAUUCGGACAUGUCGAAAACUGAAUAUCACCUCUGUGGCUGUAUAUGUUGAUGAGGAUUCAUCCUCGCGCCAUGUUUGCGACGCCGACGAGGCCGUUAAUAUCGGAAGCAUUGAUCGAAGCGGCCACAAUCCGUUCCUCGAUGUUGACCUUCUAGUCCGGACGGCAGUCUCUGUCGGUGCUCAAGCCGUCCAUCCAGGAUACGGAUAUUUAAGCGAGAAUGCCGACUUCGCUAACAGCAUUCAUGAGGCAGGGCUGAUAUUCAUCGGUCCCAGUGCUAGCGCCAUGUCAACCCUGGGCGAUAAGCGGUCCUCGAAAGCAUAUCUGGGAAAGCAUGCGCCAGACGUACCUCUCAUCCCCGGCUUUUCAGGCUCUAGUCAAGAUGCCGAAGCUCUGAGAAAAGUAGCCGAGGAAAUUGGAUUCCCAGUAAUGGUGAAAGCCUCAGCUGGUGGAGGUGGCAAGGGCAUGCGUAUUGUCCGAGAGGCGGGUCAAUUGAAGGACGAGCUUGAGAGAGCACGAUCUGAGUCACAACGCUCAUUCGGGUCAAGUGAUUGCAUCCUGGAAAAAUAUAUCGAAAGCAGCAAGCAUGUGGAGAUUCAGAUUAUGGGCGAUUCGCACGGCAAGGUUGUGUCAUUCUUUGAUCGGGACUGCUCUGUUCAGCGACGACACCAGAAAGUCAUUGAGGAAACUCCUUGUCCGUUUUUGACAGAUGAGACACGUCAAAGGAUGAGUGCAACUGCAGUUCGCAUUGCCAAGCUCAUCGGCUAUGAAAAUGCCGGCACUGUCGAAUUCGUCGUCGACGUCAAGACUGGUCAAUUCUACUUCCUUGAAGUCAACGCACGGCUGCAAGUUGAACAUCCCAUCACAGAAGAAGUCACUGGCGUGGACCUUGUGUCUUUGCAACUCUUUGUCGCCGCAGGCGGAAGCUUACAGACCCUUUCUGCUGUGCAGAAUGUAUCGCAACAAGGGCACGCCAUUGAAUGCCGCCUGUGCGCCGAGGACCCUCAGAAGAACUUCUUCCCAGAGCAUGGCAAAGUUCAUUUAUGGCUCCCAGCAACUGGUACCUUAGCACCCAGUCAAGACAUUCGUUAUGAAACAGCCAUUCAGACUGGAUCGUCAGUAUCAAUUUAUUUCGACUCUAUGAUUGCCAAGAUUGUCGUGUGGGCAUCCACGAGAGCACUUGCCAUUGAGAAGAUGCUAAGGUACUCGCUCACACAGCCUGUGUAG